UUUGACCUUCUCAAGAUUUUCAAUACUAUUUUGGUGGUUUCACUGCACUUUUAGUUUUAUUCUUUGGAUGAUUAGUGGUACUUAAGAUUAACACCGUGAAUUACGAAUUAUAUACAAUGGUUGUGUCUAUGGAUAGAUGGUCAGGCAAAGUUGUCAUUGUCACUGGUGCUAGUUCUGGAAUUGGUGCUGCCACUGCAGAAGCUCUUGUCGAAAGUGGUUUAAUUGUUGUGGGUUUAGCUCGUCGAUCAGAGCUUGUAGAAGAACAUGCUAAAAAGAUCUCUGACAAGAAAGGAAAACUUCAUGCUUUUAAAUGCGACAUUAGAAAAGAGGAAGACAUUCUAAAAGCCUUUGACUGGACCACCAAAAAUCUCGGACCGGUUCACAUUCUUAUCAACAAUGCUGACAUUGGCUCUGGAGGCAAACACCUAUUGGAGGGAAAAACAGAAGACUGGAAGGCAAUUUUCGACGUGAAUGUUUUGGGACUUUGCAUUGCCACAAGAGAAGCAGUGAAAAUUAUGAAAGAGAAUAAUAUCAAUGGGCACAUUGUUCAUAUUAACAGCAUUGCAGGUCACAAACUGAUAAAUAUUCCUGGCUUGAAUGUUUACCCCGGGUCGAAAUACGCUGUGACAGCCCUCACGGAAACACUACGACAAGAACUUAACCAUCUUGGGCUCAAGAUCAAGGUUACUAGUGUUAGUCCUGGUUUUGUUGAAACUGAAAUGACUACUUUUAAUAAAAAUAACACACCAGAACGGCUGGCGAUACUUAACAGUUCGCCCUCUCUGAAGGCUGAAGAUAUUGCUGAUGCUAUUGUUUACGCACUGUUAACACCAGAACACGUUCAGGUCCAUGAACUCACUAUCAAACCAGUUGGUGAAAGUGUCUAAAAUUUUGACCUUGUAACUUAAAAUUCAACUAACCUAAGAGUGCAAAAGAAACACAUUUCUUUAAAAAUCAUUUUAUUUUUUGGAUUUUUUAUUGAAUAAAUACAAAUACAUAAUUUUCUUCA